AGCUGCAUCUGCAAAAGUCAGCCACAAAGAAGUUGAGAAACAUAAUCAGCCACCUAAGCUGGCUAAAAGGGUAAAACUCCAAUAGUACUGAGGAAGAAAUAUCUUCCGACGACAGCACUGAUGCUCAAUACAGAACAAGAUGAAGAAGUAGAAGAAAACAUAGAUGUUGUUGAAAAGACUACAGAACAGCUACCCUCUUCCACAAUAACGGCCGCGUCUCCUCAACCUCGAAGUAUUCCUCUCAGACUUUGCCAGUUUCAUCGGAGAGGAAGGCUGGUAUGUUGGCCGCAUCGAAAAAAGGAACAAAUUCUUCUGGCCAAAUACCACUGACGCCCACAGCACAUUUAUAUUCCUAGGUCCUCUGACUUUAUCAGUGACUGAGCGGC